AUGAGCCUCCGGUUGGUUACAAGCCUCUAUCUAAUUUGUGCAAGCCUGGUCCACAUUGUCUCUCCUGAACAGGAUGGUUCUGUUAACACUGUCAUCAACCAGACCUUAAAGUUGGUUUGUCUUCUGAAAGCCAAUAGUUCCAGCCUCCUUGAAACUUAUCUGGGUCGCCAAGGUAGUCCGUUUACGGAUAAAGAUUUCCGUGCCCCGAGAUUAAGUUAUACUGGAGUGCCGGCAGCUGCCAUCUCUUUCUUGGAAUGGCGGAUCCUCAGUGACAUUGACCGUCUGGACAAGAACUUCAUGGCUUAUACUGUUUUCUCAGAAUUCUUGCAGCUGGUCUGGGAUGAUCAGUUUGAGCUCAACCCCACCGAAGGUGAACUUCUAGACAUGCUGAAAGUGACACGGUUGCACGUCCAAGGCCUUCUUAACAACUUGACCACCAUCAUGUCUGCCUUGGGGGUCCCACCCUCACCUGUUACAGACCCGCUCACGUUGGACGUAGUUAAAACAAACACCUUUGAGAAAAAGGUUCGGGGAUAUGUGGUGUGCUCCACGUACAAGCAAUGGAUUGAUCGGACGGUACGAGACUUUAAUCUUCUUGUGAAGAAAUACCCUCUUUAA